AUGACGAGAUCUGUGGAGAAUUUCCCGGGUGACAAGUGGCCCAAUGAGAGCAAUGGAGUCGUCGACGAGGAGGGAUCCCCUCGCCACGUGCAGCAAGACCGCCUACGACGUUCCCUGUCGGCGCGACAGGUGCAGAUGAUCGCGAUUGGCGGCACGAUUGGCACCGGGCUGUUCCUCGGGACGGGAAAGUCGCUGGCCACGGGUGGCCCUGCGUCUAUGCUGAUAUGCUACGCCAUCACCGGUGGAAUUGUCUUCGUUACCAUGCUGUGCCUCGGCGAGAUGUCCGCCUUCGUGCCCGUAGCCGGCAGCUUUUGCACAUUCGCUGGGCGUUUUGUUGAUGAUGCGUUUGGAUUUGCCUUGACCUGGAAUUACUGGUUCAAUGAUGCCGUCUCGACGGCUUCAGAUCUGGUCGCCCUCCAGCUUUUACUAGAAUAUUGGACAACGAACUUCCCAGGUUGGGCUCUUAGUCUCAUCUUCUGGGUUGUGCUUAUUCUUGCCAAUAUCAUUACUGUCCGAGCAUACGGCGAGGUUGAAUACUGGCUCAGCUUGCUCAAGAUCAUCACCAUCAUUGUCUUUAUCGUCAUGGGAAUUGUUGUCAACGCUGGUGGUAACGCUACUGGUCAUUACAUCGGCGGCGAAAAUUGGCACAUUCCCGGAGCCCCUUUUGUAGGUGGCAUUGGUGGAUUCGCCUCUGUCUUUGUCACUGCAUCCUUUGCCUACGGCGGUACUGAAUCCAUCGCCAUCACCGCUGGAGAGACCAAAGACCCAACACGCAACAUGCCAAAGGUUGUGAAGAACGUCUUCUGGCGAAUCCUACUUUUCUACAUCCUCUCCAUUCUCCUCAUCGGUUUGAAUGUCCCAUACACAUACCCGAACCUCAGUACCAAGACCAGCCACACAUCCCCUUUCACCAUUGUUUUUGAAAUGACGGGAGCCAAAGCUGCGGGUAGUGUCAUCAACGCCGUGAUCCUCACCAGUGUCCUCUCAGCUGGUAACCAUGCUCUGUUUGCCGGUGCAAGGUUGCUAUAUACGUUAGCUAUGCAGGGACAUGCCCCCGCUGUGUUUGGCAAACUGAACAGGCAGCAGGUGCCUUGGGUAGCUGUCCUCGCCACGUCGCUCAUUGCCGGUCUUUGCUUUGGAUCAAGCUUCAUCGGAGCUGGUCAGCUAUGGUCAUGGCUCCAAAACAUCGUUGGUGUGUCGAACCAGCUCAGUUGGAUCUCCAUUGGAAUUGCCUCGAUUCGUUUCCGCUCAGGAAUGGAGCGACAAGGGAAGACUCACCUCUUACCUUUCAAGAAUUGGACGUAUCCCGUCGGGCCAUGGAUCGCCGUGCUUCUCGGUAGCUUCCUUGUGCUCGUCCAAGGAUGGAGCUGCUUCAGUCCCAAAUUUAGUGCUGUCGAUUUCGUGAGCUUUUACAUUGAGCUGCCCAUCAUGCUUCUCAUGUUUGUAAUCUGGAAGCUGGUGAAGAAGACCAAGUUUGUCAAGCUGGAAGAGAUGGAUCUUGAAACAGAUGUGUACACGGUUGAUGAAGACCAUAAAUUGGAACCGGAGGACGAGAAGGGUUGGAAGGGCAAGGCCAAGACGGUUUUGACCUGGUUCUUUUAG